AUGGAAGGAGUGACUUUUAAGGCCUUCACAGGCUCUGUGCCCUCCCUCCCUCCACAGAUGAGUGAACGCCAGGAGUUCCCAGCCUCGGAUUUUGCCUUCCUCCUGGAAAACUCUUCCUACGACUACGGAGAAAACGAGAGUGACUCCUGCUGCGCCUCCCCACCCUGCCCGCAGGACUUCAGCCUCAACUUCGACCGGGCCUUCCUGCCCGUCCUCUACAGCCUCCUCUUCAUGUUGGGGCUGCUGGGCAACGGCGCCGUGGCGGCCGUGCUGCUGAGCCAGCGGGCGGCCCUGAGCAGCACCGACACCUUCCUGCUGCACUUGGCCGUGGCUGACGCGCUGCUGGUGCUGACGCUCCCGCUCUGGGCGGUGGACGCGGCCGUCGAGUGGGUCUUCGGCUCCGGCCUCUGCAAAGUGGCGGGUGCCCUCUUCAACAUCAACUUCUACGCGGGGGCCCUCCUGCUGGCCUGCAUCAGCUUCGAUCGGUACCUGAGCAUCGUGCACGCCACCCAGCUCUACCGCCGGGGGCCCCCGACCCGCGUGGCCCUCACCUGCGUGGCGGUCUGGGGGCUCUGUCUGCUCUUUGCGCUCCCGGACUUCAUCUUCCUGUCCGCCCACCACGACAAGCGCCUCAACGCCACCCACUGCCAGUACAGCUUCCCGCAGGUGGGCCGCACGGCCCUGCGCGUUCUGCAGCUGGUCGCCGGGUUCCUGCUGCCCCUGCUGGUCAUGGCCUAUUGCUAUGCCCGCAUCCUGGCUGUGCUGCUGGUCUCCAGGGGCCAGCGGCGGCUCAGAGCCAUGAGGCUGGUGGUGGUGGUGGUGGUGGCCUUUGCCCUCUGCUGGACCCCCUACCACCUGGUGGUGCUGGUGGACACCCUCAUGGACCUGGGGGCCGUGGCCCGCAACUGUGGCCGAGAAAGCAGUGUGGACGUGGCCAAGUCGGUCACGUCGGGCAUGGGCUACAUGCACUGCUGCCUCAACCCUCUGCUCUAUGCCUUUGUGGGUGUCAAGUUCCGAGAGCGCAUGUGGAUCCUACUCAUGCGCCUGGGCUGCCCUGACCAGAGGGGCCACCAGCGGCAGCCGCCGGCUUCCCGCCGGGAUUCAUCCUGGUCUGAGACCACAGAGGCCUCCUACUCAGGCUUGUGAGGCUGGGAUGGGGGAUCCCCCUUUCCCACGCAGCCCGACUCCCCCCACACUCCAGGCUCCUCCCUCGCUCGCUCCCCAGACACACACUCCUUGGAGUCCCCGAUGGCCCCAGUACUGCUGGGUCUCCCAGGGAGCCGCCCGCCAUCACUGCUCCUUAGCUGCGCAGCCCCCA